AUGGGCUUUAAGCAUACCAUGUUGCAACGUCUGCAAAACUACGAAGCUUAUCCCUCCACCAAAUCCACACCUAGCAGUAAUGCCUCCGAGUCGGGUGAUGAGCAGACAUCGCAACCUGCCUCCCAGGUCACCGAUUUCAGCAUUAGUCGCAUACUCGGCGUUGAAUCUCAACAGAAAACAGCUACCAGCAUCAGCACGGAUAUACUUGAUCUGUCGAAAUCAUCGCCUACCACACCAGAGCACAAAUCACCCGUGCCAAUAUUGAUGCGCCAGCAACCCGCCUAUCCCACACCCACCUAUCAGCCCUUUCAUCCCGACUUCUUGGCCGCUGCCGCCGCCGCAAAUGCAACAAAGUUCUACGCACAAUUCUUUCCGCAUAUGUUCGCUCCAUACACCUUACCUGCAUUUAAUGUGCCCCCCUCAACAGCAACAACUUACCAGAAGCAGCGUUACUUUGCGCCGUACAUACUAAACCCGCCGCCGGGCGCGUCCACAGCACCCACGUCGUGUGUUAACCCCCGCUCGACGUCGACUUUAUCGCAUCAACCACAUCCGACGCAUGCGCCACACUCGCCUGCAGCCGCGAAAACCCUGUGUCCACGCGCCGCAAGUUGCACGGAUUGCUUUGAUUUUUAUAAACAGUAUCCUGCUUAUGCGAAAUCGCCUUUGCCGUCGGUACCUUCUUCGCCUGCAUCGUCUACAUCCUCCGCUUGUCAUUCUUCGUUUAGCACAAAUUAUUUUAAAACCAAAUCAUCCGCCGAAAUCAAUCCUACUACGCUACUCAAAUCCUCGUCGAUCGCUCUCACAACCAUUGCAAAUUUUAAUCUAACAACAAAAACAACAAAGCUAUGUACGAGUAGUCCAACCUCCGUGGCGACUUUGAAUGCCGAAGAAGUGAGCUAUAAAUGCUGUAUCUGCGACAAGGUGUUCGGUUGCUCGCAAACUCUGCAGGCCCACGAAAAAACACAUAAAUCCCCACGCUAUGAGUGUACUGAUUGCGGUAAAGGAUUUUCACAGCUACGCAACUACAAAUACCACCUCUCAGUGCAUCGCGGCACCAAAGAGUUCGCCGCGGAGUGCCCGGAAUGCGGUAAAACAUUCAACGAUAAAGGCUACCUCAGCAGUCACAUGAAGAUCCAUCGCAACAAGAAGGAGUACGAAUGUCCCUACUGCCCCAAAUCGUUUAACCAACGCGUAGCGUUCAACAUGCACGUGCGCAUACAUACCGGCGUUAAGCCGCACAAGUGCGCCGAGUGCGGCAAGCGGUUCUCACGGAAAAUGCUACUCAAACAGCACAUGCGCACCCACAGCGGCGAGAAACCGUAUCAGUGCUCGGUAUGCGGGAAAUCAUUCGCCGAUCGCAGCAACAUGACACUCCAUCAUCGAUUGCAUUCAGGCAUUAAACCGUUUAACUGUCCCAUUUGUCCGAAAGCAUUCACCAAGAAGCAUCACCUCAAAACCCAUCUCAACUAUCAUACCGGCUGCAAGCCGUACGUCUGCCCGCAUCCCAAUUGCAAUCAGGCAUUCACACAGUCCAGCAACAUGCGUACACAUGCCAAGAAAUGUCAAUAUCGACCACUGCAAUUACCCUAUCCGGUCGCGUCAGCAGCGAGCAGUACAUCAAAUGCGAUUUCAUCAGCAACACCAUCCACAAUGACAUUACCCACUGCCGCGACAUCAUUAACACCAAUUGUGUCACGUCUCGGUAUGCCAACCGCGCCGCUAGUGAGUGGCAUUGGAACGAGUGCAAAUGCGGCACACAGUGCAGCGGCGUCGACGUUGACAAGCAGCACAACGGCAUCGUCACACAUUCCAAAUUUGUCCACAGCCCUGUCGGCUGGCAUGCGUAUGUUAUCCGCUGCAUCGACAGCAGUAGCAGCAGCAGGCGCAGUUACUUUGCCUAGCGGUACCACAUCCGGUGGCCACAAUGUGGCUGCACAACAGUCGCUUUUGCCAUUUCCGCCUGCGCAACAACCGUUAAUGGGCACACUGCGACCGUUUUAA